CCAUUUUCUACAUACAUCACACAUUCACCUAUAUUGGGCACACGAUUUUAAUCUCGGAUUAUUAUUGAUUAUCUCUUAUUUUGAAAAGAACGCUAGCUAGCUAGGUGGCUGCGGACUGACAAAGUAACAGUAUUCCAUCAAUGAUACCUCUCUGAAUAGCGGGCGGGCGGGAGGUGGGGCCGUGGCCCAUUUCACUUCCUUAAUCCAAGAACUCCAUCACAGGGGCACGAAACGGAGGGACGGCGGUGGAAACGUUUCUCAAGUUUUUCCUUAGGAUAUAUUUAUUUAAUUGAAACCACUUUUGGUGACCAUGGCUGCUCUUUCAGCCUGGUUUUGGAACGAGAGAUUUUGGCUCCCGCAUAAUGUGACUUGGGCGGACCUUGCAGACCCAGCGCCCGGGGUGGAGUAUCCUAAAGCCAGUCACUUGCUCUCUGCUUUACCGCUGGCUUUGGGGAUCUUUGCGGUCAGAAUACUAUUUGAGAGGUUCAUAGCCAGACCAUGUGCCUUCCUCUUGCAUAUCCACGCGUCCUCAGUCCACUGGCGAGCCACACCCAACCCUGUCCUGGAGAAGGUGUUUACAUCCAUCACAAAGUGCCCAGACUGGCGACACCUGGAUGGGUUAUCUAAGCAGCUGGACUGGGAUGUGAGGAAGGUUCAGCAAUGGUUCAGACACAGACGCAACCAGGACAAACCCAGCGUACUCACCAAGUUCUGUGAGAGCAUGUGGAGGUCUACAUUUUAUCUGUGCAUAUUUACCUAUGGCAUUCGUUUUCUAUGGCAGUGCCCAUGGAUGUGGGAUACACACCACUGCUGGUACAACUACCCCUACCAGGUCCUGACCCCAGGCCUGUACCACUACUAUGUGACUGAGCUGGGCUUCUACUGGUCCCUCAUGUUCUCUCAGUUUACUGACAUCAAACGCAAGGACUUUCCCAUCAUGUUCAUCCAUCACCUAGCAACAGUGAGCCUGAUCAGUUUCUCCUACGCUAACAACAUGCUACGUGUCGGGAGCCUGGUGAUGUGUGUCCACGAUGCAUCAGACUUCAUACUGGAGGCAGCCAAGCUGGCCAACUACGCCAAGUACCAGCGCUUGUGUGACUUCCUGUUUGUUCUGUUUGCAGUAGUCUUCUUCAUCACACGGCUCGUCGUCUACCCUCUACGGAUCCUGAACACAACAUUGUUUGAGAGCUGGGAGAUCAUUGGUCCAUACCCUUCCUGGUGGCUCUUCAACUCCCUACUGCUGGUGCUACAGGUGCUGCACGUCAUCUGGUCCUACCUCAUAGCCGGGAUCGCCUACAAGGCCUUGGUUCGAGGAAAGGUGUCUAAGGAUGACCGCAGUGACGUGGAGAGCAGCUCGGAGGAGGAGGCUGACACCAACAGAACCAAUGACAGGGGGGUUAAAAUGUCUUUCUCUCCGAAGGCAGAGAACGGCACCAACGGCCACGCCGUCACCACUAAAAGCUGGCCACAGAUACGCACCAGCAGCAGGUGAUAGAGGAGCCUGCCGUCUGAUUCACACUAUAGGGCCGAGCCAGGUCAAAUAUGUCUGGCGUGGUUACACUGCGCAUCCACUAUUUGUCGGAACUGUGCUGGAAAGGACAAUAUCAGCCAGUACUGUUCGGGUCGGCCCUAUAGUGAGAAUUAGGCAUAUCUGUGCGGCCUUUCCACUACUAGUUCAUCCUAUCCUAGAUUACAUCUUGAAGCGCUUUUCCAGCCUCAUCCAGUUCCCUGUACGUUUUAACUUAGUUUCUUCAUUCAUCUAACUCUUAAUUAAAAUGUAUUCUUCAGAACUAACAAUGAUCGAUGACUAUGACAGCAUACGAUGGAUGAAUAGACACACUACUGUGACCCAUAGAAUCAAAACUGAUGAAAUGAAGAGAGAAAAAAAAGUGCAUUCCCUGAUGUCAAGUGAAUGGGUCUGUAGAUAUUUGCGGUACCUUAUGAACAUAGAACGUUUGCUUGUAUUCCAUUUGUUUAAUGUGAUGCUGCAGUUUGCCUGAGAUUCUCUUCUGUCCGUUUUAUUGGUCCGGUGGACUUGAGUUACAACUGUGUAUUUUAAGAAGUAAUUGUUCAGUUACUUUGUUUCCGGUCAGUUCUGUUCACUGUUUCUAUCUUAUUAAUAUGAGACCAAUGUUUAUUUUAUGUUUAACGUUUUUUAAAUGUCUUUGGUAUAAAAAAAAAAUGCAUAUGAAUUUAAAUGUGAAGAAGCCAACAGAAUCCUCUUCAGUAGAGAUCAUCCAUAGAUGUGGUGUGUAUUAGGGCUAAUAAUGUGAGUGUUGAGUACAGAGACAAAAAUAGAUGUUUAUUUGUGUAA